AUGUUAUCAAACGCCAUUGACUACGCGAUCCCCGCUAUUGAUAUUAUUGACUCUCCCGUCAAGAACUGGGCAAUUGACCUUCCAGACACACUGGCAGAUAAUGGCUCCUGUGGAGCCAUUAUCCUUGGUGGCACCCCUCGCAAGCUCACCGAGCUCACACUCAGCGACACCCGGGGCUCCCUGAAAUUCAAUGGCGAGGAGGUAAUGUCAGGAAACACAAAGAAUAACCUUGGUAACCCCUUGUCAGCAGUUGCAUGGCUAGCAAACCGGUUAGCUGAAUAUGAUAUUGAGUUCAAAGCAGGACAGGUCGUUAUGCCUGGAAGUUGCUUGGAGGCUGUGCCGAUGGAGGCGAAUGGCCAUUGGUCCUGUACAUUUGAAGGCUGGGGCACAAUUGAGUUUGAAGUUGUGUAA